AUUACUACUAUCUAUCGUAGCCUCUAUAAAAAUGGCAACCCAGUUUCAGCUACACAACACACUCAUCAAUUGAGUUCAUAGAAAAAAGAGAUAAGAGAGCAAAAAUGGCAGGGAUCAUCCACAAGAUCGAAGAGAAGCUGGGUAUGGGAGGCAAGAAGGAAGAUGAGAAGCACGGCGAGGUGAAGAAGACCGAGCACGGCUACGGAUCUGGAGAUCACCACAAGCAGCCCGAGCACGGUUACGGAUCUGGCGAUCACCACAAGCAGCCGGAAGCAGAGCAUAAGGAAGGCCUUGUCGAGAAGAUCAAAGACAAAAUCCACGGCGGCGACGCUGAAGGUGCUGACGCCAAGAAGAAGAAGAAGAAGGACAAGAAGAAACACGGCGAAGGUCACGACCAUGAUCAUGGCAGCAGCAGCAGCAGCGACAGCGAUUGAUUGCAGCACAUUUGAGAAUGGAAUAAAAAAGAAUGUGUGUGGAGAGCGUAUGCGUAUCUCUGCUUUGCUUUGUGUAUGUAUUAAUAUUAGUACUCUGUAUUUGGAUGAUUGUACUCCUUCCUCUACGUUGUUUCUCCGACUUUAUCUAAAUGGAGUACUCUAUUUGGUUUA